AGAAAAGAGCAGGUGAGAGGAUGUUCGGAUGCUGCUUGCGUUACUAAACCCGAUGAUAUUCAGCAAACAGAUACCUCAUGCACGGCGAAACGGGAGGUUACUGGCGACAGGUAGCGAGAGCACGUCGUGACAGUUGGGUUUAUGCACGGUGGUCACUUUCCCGACUGUUUUAUUCUUCAUAGACAGCAGGCGUCGAGAGAGGGCAGUAAGUCAGUGUUGGAGGUCUGUCCUGACUGAAGAGGAGACCCACUACACACACAAUCACAUCAUCAGCUUUUAAAUACACACACAUUCAUCAUAAUGGGAGGUGUAUGAUGACUGAAGCUGCAGGGCUAUGGCCAGCGAACCCCUCGAAGGCUUCCAUGAGGUCAACUUGGCGUCACCCACCACCACUGACCUCCACGGAUUGACCUCCGACACCAGACCCCAAUGUCACAGCGCCCCUUCCAGCGCCCUGUACCGUACACCCUCCCUCAGCUCCAGCCCCUGCCCCCCCAACGCCCUGCGAGCCGACCAGCUGCCCACCCAGCCCAUCUACUCUGCCCCUAGGCUACUGGGCAGCACAGAACCACACAAUGGAAGCGUUCCGGGGUUGGAACCCCCCGUCCGGUCAGAGGCGGAGUCAGCAGAAGGGGUGUUCCUGUCUGGAGAGGAAGGGGAGGAGUCUCUGAGUCUGACCAAUGACAGCCUGUCCCGCCUCCGCAGCCCCUCAGUCAUGGAGAUCAGAGAGAAAGCCAAUGAGAGACUGAAGGAGGAGCUAGCCAAGGCACAGAGGGAUGUUAAGUUGAAAGACGAGGAGUGUGAAAGGCUUUCUAAAGUCAGGGACCAACUGGGCCAGGAACUGGAGGAGCUCACUGCUAGCCUGUUUGAGGAAGCUCACAAGAUGGUGCGUGAGGCCAACAUCAAACAGUCGACGGCUGAGAAGCAGCUGAAGGAAGCUCUGAACAAGAUCGAUGUGCUCCAGGCGGAGGUGUCUGCCCUGAAGACCUUGGUCCUGUCCACGUCCCCCACCUCCCCCUGUCACGACCUUCCUGGGGGCUCCAAGACUCCCUUCAAGAAGGGUCACGGCCGCAACAAGAGUACCAGCAGCGCCAUGCUGGGCAGCGGACAGGAACUGAGCGGCACACAGCCCAUCGUACGAGACUGCAGAGAGCUGGACAGUCUCCUGUUUAGUGAGUUUAAGUUGUGGAAGGAGGAGCCCAGUCUGGAGAGGAACAGCUCCUUCCUGGAGAGAGUCUACAGAGAGGACAUCUACCCCUGUCUCACCUUCUCCAAGAGUGAGCUGGGGUCGGCCAUCUUGGAGGCAGUGGAGAGGAACACGCUCAGUGUGGAGCCGGUGGGCUUCCAGACGCUGCCUGUCGUCAAGGCCUCUGCUGUGGAGUGUGGAGGACCAAAAAAGUGUGCCCUUAGUGGCCAGACCAAAACCUGCAAGCACAGAAUCAAGUUUGGUGAUUCCAGCAACUAUUACUACGUGUCUCCUUUCUGUCGUUAUCGGAUCACGUCAGUUUGUAACUUCUUUACCUACAUCCGCUACAUCCACCAAGGGCUGGUCAAGCUGCAGGACGCAGAACAGAUGUUCUGGGAAGUGAUGCAGUUGAGGAAAGAGAUGAGUUUUGCUAAGCUGGGCUACUACAAGGAGGAACUGUGACCAACCAAUCACGAUACAGAACAGAGGGAUGCGUGUCUGAAUCUCAACCUAUCAUCAGAUGCACUCCCGUGAUGGACAGGAUAGCUCUCCAAUCAUCCUACCCUCCUGGCUCUCAGAAGGAAGAAGGACCGCCCCCAACGCUCCUCAUCGCUACCCCUUCCAAUCUCUCAUCCAAUCACGUGUCAUUUCAGGAGAGUCCUCCCAUCCUCUGUCUUCAAUACCUACAAGUAUAUGACUUAAAAUGCAUGCCCCUUACAUCCUGACUGGUCUACCAAUAACAGUGAGUAGUUAUUCAGGAUGUAAGGGGAUUGGUAGUUGACUGACUGAUCUACUAAUAACAGUGAGUAGUUAUUCAGGAAGGGGAUUGGUAGUUCAGACUGACUGAUCUACCAAUAACAGUGAGUAGUUAUUCAGGAAGGGGAUUGGUAGUUCAGACUGACUGGUCUACCAAUAACAGUGAGUAGUUAUUCAGGAAGGGGAUUGGUAGUUCAGACUGACUGGUCUACCAAUAACAGUGAGUAGUUAUUCAGGAAGGGGAUUGGUAGUUCAGACUGACUGAUCUACCAAUAACAGUGAGUAGUUAUUCAGGAAGGGGAUUGGUAGUUCAGACUGACUGGUCUACCAAUAACAGUGAAUAGUUCAUCAGGAAGGGGAUUGGUAGUUCAGACUGACUGAUCUACCAAUAACAGUGAAUAGUUAUUCAGGAUGUAAGGGGAUUGGUAGUUCAGACUGACUGAUCUACCAAUAACAGUGAAUAGUUCAUCAGGAAGGGGAUUGGUAGUUCAGUCAGUCUGUCUGGAACAUGACCAUUGCUUGUCAUUCUGAUUGGUCUGCUAGAAUGCAUAUUGGAACAGAGAGGAAGUGCUCUAAACCCAACGUCUGCUUCCAAAAUGGCACCCUGUUCACUGUAGUGCACGACUUGUGGCCCCUAUGAGCCCUGGUCAAAAGUGGUGCACUAAAUAUGGAAUAGGGUGCCAUUUGGGACACAAGACAAGUGUAAAUCGAGGCGCUCCGUCCAUCCAGCCAUCUGUGGUUAUUCUAUCCAUCCAUCUCCAGUCCGUAUUUAAAACCAGAGGACCGUAACUAUGGUGACGACCACGCUGCUGUAUGUAACUUGACUCCGUUAUUACAUGUAAGAAACGCUGAAUGAGCUCAUCUGUCCACACUACAAGGCUGAGUCACAAAUGGCACCCUAUUCCCUAUAUAGUUAACUACUGUAGUGGUGCAGUAUGCACAGCAGGGGUUCCCAAACGUUGUUUCAUUAAUUUUUUUUAUUGAGAUUGCCUUUGUUUAAAUACAACACCAGCUUCAUUUUGUUUCAUUUGAGGGACCUAGGAAAAUGACUUAUUUUAGGUAGGCAAAUUAUUUAUUUUAUUUUGUGUUUUUUAGUUAACUAGGCAAGUCAGUUAAGAACAAAUUCUCAUUUACAAUGACGGCCUACCAAGGCCAAACCCCCUAACCCUGACGACGCGGGGCCAAUUGUGCUCCACCCUAUGGGACUCCCAAUCACGUCUGGUUGCGAUACAGCCUGGAUUCGAACCAUGGUCUGUGGUGACUCCUCUAGCACUGAGAUGCAGUGCCUUAAACAGCUGCGCCACUCAGGAGCCCCCAUGAUGAUGAUGAUGAUGAUAAUAAUAAUAGAAAUAAAUAGUCUAGAUCUGAUUUCCCCAAAUGUUUUAUUACGAUCAUUUAUAUGAACCUUCAAUUUAAUUAUGCAAAUUCCAUUUUACAGGAAGUGAUUCGAUCAAUUGAUAGCGACAGAGUCACACAUUGUAUAAGAUUACUCCGCAAGCGAAGUCCAAUUUCUUUUGAAGGUCGUAAGCUUCUCAAUGUCAUAGAGACAAAGUAAAUACAUUCCCCAUGUGCAUCAGAGUCGCGUCUUCCUCUUUGUCAUUUUACUACUUGUCUCUAGCCUAAUGCAUUGCGGAGUGACGCUUCGUUUUAGAUCAGACGGUCCCGUGCCCUCCCGUGACACUUCGACGCCCCGUAUGUUUGGGACCCGGGAUGUAGAGAAUAUAGGUGCCAUUUGGGAGCAGAACAUGUGGAGGAGGAUUCUGACGAGUUCUGUCCAAUACAAGGACUUUAGAAGAAUCUGGACAAAUGUUUUGAAGGUUUUAGAAAACACAUUGAUGAUGAUGAUGAUGAAGAACAUUCUCUCUGGCUUUUUAGUUCUUUACCAACCCUUUAGUUAGAAGUAUGUAGCUGUGUCGGGGUGUGUGUGUGUGUGUACGUGUGGUGUGUGUGUGGUCUGUGAACGUUCCAAUCUAUAUACCUUUUCCUGGUUUUCCAUCCUUCCAUCCCUCCAAGUCCUCUGUUAACAUUCCAACUCCAAGCUUUCCUCAAUUUAUUUUAGUGCCUUUCUGGAACACACUGAAUUAAAAAUGGUAUACCUCUGGAA